UCAUUCGGUUUCCUUUGUUUUCCGCUUCCUACAUUCAUGUUGUACACCUCGAUCCCGACCAUCCAAUCACGCAGGCUGCACGCUACUUUCGCUCCAUAGUCCAUAACUCAUGCGUUUGGCUCUACGUUCAGUGAUACUUUAUGCGUGUUGCAUGGUCUUAUCCUUUUUUCCGCAUCUGUACCACAUGCCCUGUACUUUACUGAGCUGCCUUCGGCUUACCCCGCCUCCGUGAACACUUGUGCUGGAACUUGCGCCUACUUGUCAUGGAACCUUCCUGGACGCCCUUUGGAGUCGUCCCGUUUGGUCUUACGCAGCAGGAACAGGCCAUCUUAACAUAUCUGGCAACGCACACAUCUGCACAUCGGCGUGUAGAUCCUUUUCAUCGUCGGCGCACUCACAUCCCAUGCUGAAGCCCAGCGUGGUCUGAAGCGCAUCUCAGAAGACACGGUGGGAAGGGCAAUCAACUAUUACCAAGAUCUUCCAAUGGCUUCUGCGCAUCAGCGGUUACGACCUGGAAGACGCCCCCUUGCCCAUCCUCUGAUACACGACGUCGAGGAUACCCUUUCUUCUUCCGCUCCCAGAGGCACGCGAGCCGUGAAGGCUAGGUGCCAUCGGUGUGUCCACGGCGGUCGCCAUCCACGAGUGGCCGCACGCAGACCAAUGAUGUGCAUCUGUGCAUGGCCGCUUGGGCUCGAGCAAGCUUGGUUCCAGGGAUUUUGGCCCCAGGAGCUGGCCGGCAUUCCCUCCGCCUCUUCAUGGCCAAGCGCGCGCCCGCGGAGGCAGACGCCCGAGGAGAUGCAAAGCGCGCCGCAAGUGCGACGGAGGGUGCCAUCAGGUUUUCGCAUGCGCCGCCCUCGUAUUUUGCGCUCGAGGCCCUGACGCCGAAGGGUCGGCGCAAAAAUGCCGAUGCGGGAGACCCGCGUGACGCAACACGGCCACUGGUGAAGGUGGGCACGGCAUCUGUUGGCAGUUGGAGCUGCACAGAGGGCGGCUGGGUGUCAUCCGAGCCCCGCGCGACCACUGAAGUCUUCCACGUCCUCGCAGGCGAGGCGUCGGUCACCGACUCGGAUGGCGAGGUGCACCGCUUCGGCCAGGGAGACACCGUCACGCUUCCGAAGGGCUGGGCGGGCCGAUGGGAUGUUGCCAAGACAUUCCACAAGGUCUGGGUUGUGCACGACCAUGGGGAGGUCGAAGGCGCGUCCGCCAAGGCGCAGGUAGCCCCGCUAGAUCACUUUGCUCCUGAGGCAAUGACCCCGCAGGGUGUUCGCAAGGAUGCAGCGUACGGCAAGCCAACCAGCACCACGCGCAAGGUGUACAGUGUUGGCACGACCAGUGUGGGCUGCUGGACAUGUACUGCUGGCGGCUUCCCUGUCAAGUGCAGACCAACUACAGAGUGUUUCCAUGUACUGGAGGGUCUAUUUUUUCUGACCAACGCUGAUGGAAGUGCUCAUCGCUGCAAGGCCGGCGAUACGGUGGUGCUGCCCAAGGGAUGGAGCGGUCAUUGGGACAUCAUCGAGACCAUCAAGAAGGUGUGGGUUGUGGUGUCAGAUUGAGGUCGCUUCCCAGAGUGCGUUGGCACGUGCCCAUGAGCGAUGGAAGCCGAGCGCACUGGGGACUCAGAUGUUUCACCCAAAGUGCCUUUCGAACUUAGUCGGGCGGGCUUUGGGUUCCCACGCGUUGCGUACAAACCAUUGCGUCGGUAUGCGCAGCUAGAGCUCUGGGUCUGGACCUCGGGUCGUAGCAAUGUUUUGAGGUCACCAAGACCGUCUGAAUUUGAGACGCAUCAAACUUGAGGAAAAACAACGUCGUCGUGACAGUUUUCAUAAAAGUGCAGCUGGGCUAGGGGCGCCGCUGGCAUUCUUGGAUCCAUUCGCCGUUUCUCAUGGACGGCCCAGGCACGGAGAGAUGCUUGAUGUGAAAUAAAUGUAUCCAUCUGCCUGCGGAAAACUCCGCCGCCUUGUCUACGCAGCAGUAUUGCCGCAGGAAGGAGUUUAAGUUUAAGGUCCGUUCAGCUCAGUUCAUUCGCUGACGCGUGCCCUCUGGUAAGAUCGCUGUCCCCGCAGCCGGCAUGCAGGCUGAACCGAAUUGAGUUUUCUUUUCGGUGCACCGUCUACACACGAGGGCGAUAGUGAGGAUGAUGAGUACGAUUGUCCUGGGGACGAGGGCUGAAACGAAGGCAAGGACGCGGUCUUGUUGGAGUCCCUCGCCAGCUCAGGCUCGGGCGCUGUACCGGCGUGGUCAUGCGAGUCCCUACCUCCCCGGGAGAGUGUUUGCUCCUGACGCCGGACACCGUGCCCACGCCGUGGGCUGGCACCGCACCGUUUGUGCCAUGCAGGUUCCGCCGCAUACACUGCACCACGUAUUUUUUUUACCAGGCAGCUUGCGACUGCGUGUGUGUGUGCGCGCGUAUCACAUAGCCUGCGCAAUAUAUAGCUUCCACCACGCGCUUGGCAAGCCUGCCCCGCAGAGUUCUCGACGAGGAGGGCUUGGGCCACACAGCCUGCCCAACACGGCUUCCACAUAUUCAAUCGCGAAUUUUGCGCUACAUGCCUCACAUCACAUAACUCGCGAAGAUGCGGGUUUGCACCACGUAGCUUGCACCGCAUCCCUGACCUGGACCAUUCGGGACACAUGUGGAUGACCUCUCAAGCGAGAUGCCACCCGAACCAUGUCAAACCAAGCAAAGUAUGAGAACGCUCUAGGCGAAUCCCACCC